UAACAAAACUUACAAGUUGGAGAUUCCAAUGCAAAAUAUGUCAUCGUUCGAUUGAAUAAGUUAUUUAAUAAUGCAGCAAGGCGUAAAUUGAAAAUUUUACGUUCACAUCGAUCACCGGAUACGGAUUACUGUAAAGCUUCGACCACGAAAUUUUAUGUAUCAUGAUGGCGACAGCCACAGCACCAUCAACCGAGGCGAGCAAAAUGCUUGAGGCUGCAUUGCAGCAAAUGGAUGGCAUUAUAUCGAAUUCAACAACAGCAACAGUUGGUCAGCAGCAAACCCAAGCCCAGAUUCAGCCAGGAUCAGCAACCACAGCUUCGCUGACCAGCUUCUGCGAGCGUAAUUUGAUAUCUGCCACAAAUGUCUUAUCGACAGCUAAGACAUUGGCGCUGGCACUGCAACAAGUUGGUUUGGCAGCGCCCGCUCCCGACCCCGUAACCGCGUCAAUAAUUAGCGAUUGGCUUGAGACGCACAUACCGCGUCAGGAUUCCGAUGAACGCAUGCGUCGCUUGCAGCGCGAUAAAGAAGGAUUGGCCCUGCAGUAUCAAAUGCUGGCGGAACGUGUUUCCGAGCAAGCGGACAGGAUCAUUGAGCUGGAGGGUCUGCUAACCGAAAAAUCGCAGCAGCUUUGCAGCAAAGAGGAUCAGCUGCAGCGGCAAAUGAUUUCGCGAUCUGCGCUGGAGACUCAAAAAUUGGAAUUAAUGAGUGCCUUAAGUGAGCUGAAGCUGCAUCGCACCGCGCUGGAGUGCGAAAACGAGCAGCAUGUCGGUGAGGGCAACGGUUGGGGCGAUGGGAGCAGCAUGCCGUACGGCAGCAUGGGCAACAUAAACCAAAAGAACUACACAACUGACGGUGGCACAAUGGCACCGAAAACUCCACCCUCAGCCUUGCGUCACCAGAUUAAGCCACAAUUUCACAGCUUGCCCAGGUCCCAUGGCGGUGCCAGCAAGCAGACACAUCGCCUGCAGGCUAACAACAAUAACAAUAAUCACACGCUCGACGUGAAUGCCAACAGUAGUGGGAAACAACGUAAUGUGGCUUUCGCAGCUAACGAACAGAUUGUAAUUGGCAAUAGUGUGCAGAAUGAUAGUUCUUUCGCCACGGAGAACGACAUAGACAAAUACUCAGGUUUUAGAUCCCAAUUGCAAUCGACACCCUCGCCAAAGUUGCGCGAGCGUUCUGCGCGCGGAUUGCGUAACAUUUUAGGCAAACUACGUCGCAGCAACAGCAGCAACUGUGAACUGACGGCAUUGGAACAAGCAGAACCAGAGGAGUUUCGUCGUGGUGGAGCGCGUGCAACUGCAGGCGGCCGCAUCGAAUGGGGUGCUCAGACUCCAAUGUUUACUGAUGCCGAUAAGCAUUACAGCACCUGGAACCCACAGGAGGUGUGCAACUGGUUGGCGCAUCUGGGUCUAGGCUAUUAUCAGGAUAACUGUAGGAAAUGGCUGAAAUCAGAUCCGAACGUAUGCUUCUUUACCGCUUCGCCGGUCGACAUCGAACGUGAACUGCACCUGAAGUCAAUACUGCAUAGGAAGAAAAUCAUGCUGGCCAUUGACGACGUAACGCAGAAAGAGUCCGAUGAACUGACGCUCAAGGCUGCCUGGUUGGAUGUGGGCUGGGUGCUGCGUUGGCUCGAUGACAUUGGUCUGCCACAGUAUAAGGAUCACUUUCUGCAGGCCAAAGUCGAUGGUCGGAUGCUGCACCGCUUAACACUGGAGGAUCUUUCGCAAUUGCAUGUCAGCUCGUGCUUGCAUAUCGCAUCACUGCGUUGUGGUAUUCUUUGCAUGCGAAACAUUCGCUGGGAAGCCGAUCGUCUAAUUCGUCGCUCAACCAAGUUGAGUGAGCAGAACGAUGAGGCUAUCAGUUCCGAUAAGGAGAGCGUAGAUCUGUGGACGGCCCACCGUGUCAUGGAGUGGCUAAAGACCAUAGAUUUAUCAGAGUAUGCGCCAAAUCUACGCGGUGCUGGAGUCCAUGGCGCAUUGAUGAUCUACGAGCCGCGAUUCAAUGCCGAUUUGUUGGCCGAUUUACUCUCAAUACCGCCGAGUAAAUCCCUGCUUCGUCGCCAUUUAGCGAUGCAUUUCAAGGAAUUAGUAGGACGAACAAUUAUACAUGGUAAACGAGAUGCCGAAGCAGCUCCUGGCUAUCUGCCACUGACGAUCACUGCCAAAUUGAAGCCACCGAAACGCUCUCAAUUUACUCUCAAACGUCGUAAGAGCACAAAGGGGCAUACUGAUGUCGAUUGGUUGGAUUUUGUUUGCCCAAUGAAUGCCGUUGUGCCUGCUCUGUCAAUAUCAGAGGGGACUAAGGAUCACGACGGUUCGUUGAGCUCCAACUAAACGUUUUAAGUACACGAAGAAAUUGAUUACCCGAAAACUGAUGAACUAACGAAUUAAGCAACAACCAAACAAACAGACUUACAGACACUGGAACUGUAUUUAGUAAGAAUUUAACUUGGCACGGGAUGUGACGCCAAACUUGAAGCAAUAAUUUUUCGUUUCGAUUUAUCGAACAUUUAUCAAUUACGUAUUAACCAUGCAGGCAGCUAAAUGCACAAACUACUAAUACAUACCUUUCUGAAAAUUGCACUUUAUUUUAUAUAAACAUACAUAUGCACUAUUAUUAUAUUAACUAACAAUAAGACGACUUGACCAUUAACGUCUUCCAAAAGUAUGCCUAAUGAUGGAAAACUGAAGUAUUUGAAUGAGCAUAUUACCGACCUGGAAAACAAGCCAAAGUCUGGCAUGACGCACAAUAACUGAGUUUAUAAACUUUUUAUACUAACACUGAAUUGUACGUAUUAGCCCGAUAUUUAACAAGUAAAUAACGCCUUAUACAUUUUGUACCGAAAAUGAA